AGUUUAACCCGAAAAACGAAUAGCAAAAAAAAAAAAUCAAUAAAACGAAAAUGUUAAUUAAAAAAAAACUAUUAAUUCGAACGAAAAAAUGUAACGAAAAAUCUAAUGAACUUGGAGUGAAUCAGUUUAAACUGGAAUAAAAAAAAAAAAAGAUAAAAGUGUUUUUAAAAAGUGAAUGAUAUUGACUUGGAUAGUUUUGGAAAGUUUUUUUGUGUUUGUAUUCAUCUGAUAAGCAGUGAAAUUACGAAAACGUAACAGAAAAAAAAAUCGUAAAUUAGAAUAUUAUAAAAAAAUAUAUACAGGAUGUCAACUCAGGCGUAUUACAAAGAACGUCUUGGCUUUGAUCCAGCUGACACUGUUGCUGAACAUCAACGUGAACAACGUUCACAACAUGGAUAUGAAGAAUCACUAACUAAAUUUAAAGGUCAGAAUGAUAAUUCAACAAUGACAAAUGAUGCUACAAUUGUUGAUGAUAAUAUAAUGAAUAAUAUUGAUACCAAAACAAGAACAAGUAGUUCAUUUGGUUAUUGGGGAUGCUGGGCCAAGUUCAUUGAAUCACAUGAUGAACGAGAUGCCAUUCAAAAGAAAACUUUUACAAAAUGGGUGAACAAACACUUAAAAAAGACCUACACGUGUUUACAUGUGUGUGUUAUCGUCAAUAAUCAACCGUGCUGUUCUCCAGCUGCAAGCAGACAUGUUGGAGACUUGUUCGAAGACCUGCGGGACGGGCACAAUCUCAUAUCUCUGUUGGAAGUUCUCUCUGGCGAGCAUCUUCCACGGGAAAGAGGUCGAAUGCGUUUUCACAUGCUACAAAAUGUACAGAUGGCAUUGGAUUUUUUACGUUAUAAAAAUAUAAAACUUGUCAAUAUUAGAGCUGAAGAUAUCGUUGAUGGUAAUCCAAAGUUAACACUUGGAUUGAUAUGGACAAUUAUUCUCCACUUCCAGAUAUCAGAUAUAGUAGUUGGACAGGAACCAAAUGUAACAGCACGCGAGGCAUUAUUGCAAUGGGCAAGACGAACAACAUCACGUUAUCCUGGUGUCCGUGUAUCAGAUUUUACUGGCUCAUGGAGAGAUGGACUUGCAUUUAGUGCAAUAUUACAUCGUAAUCGUCCAGAUUUAAUUGAUUGGAGAAGUGCUCGUUCUUAUCAAGCACGUGAACGUCUUCAUCAAGUUUUUUAUGUCGCAGAGAGAGAAUAUGGCGUUACAAGGCUUCUCGACCCCGAAGAUGUCGAUACCCCCGAACCGGACGAGAAAUCAUUGAUAACGUAUAUAUCAUCACUCUACGAUGUAUUUCCACAACCACCACCAAUUCAUCCACUCUAUGAUGCAGAUGCACAACGUCGUUCAACUGAAUAUUGUGAACUUGCAACAUCAUUACAUCUUUGGAUACGUGAAAAAAUUGUUAUAAUGCAAGAACGUGCAUUUCCACCAACUCUUAUUGAAAUGAAAAAACUUGCAUCUGAUAAUUCAAAAUUCAAAAAUGAAGAAGUACCUGCUAGAUAUCGUGAUAAACAACGUCUUGCUCAUAUAUAUCGUGAUUUACAAAAAUAUUUUGAAUCAAUGGGUGAAGUUGAUAUUGAACAAGAAUUACAAUAUGAAAUUAUUGAUAAAAAUUGGAAUCGUCUUAUGAUGUUACAUCAAGAAAGAGAACAAGCAGUACUUGAUGAAAUAAAACGUUUGGAACGUUUACAAAGACUUGCUGAAAAGGUACAUCGUGAAAUGAAAUCAACAGAUAAUCGUCUUGAAGAACUUGAAAGACGUGUUGAAGAUGAAGCACGUCGUCUUGAUCGUCUUCAUCCACUUGAAGCUAAACAUACUGUUGAUUUACUUGAACAGGACAUUAGAAAUACAGAAAUUUCAAUACAAAAUAUAUUUACAGAUGUUCAUACACUUACUGAGGGUAAAUACAGUCAAGCUGCUGAAUUACACAAACGUGUACAAAAAUUACAUCAUCGUUGGGUUGCAUUGCGUUCACUUUUGCACAAUCGUCUUGAAAUACCACUUUCAGCAGUAUCAUUUCCCGUUGAAGAACGUGUUGUCACAAAACAUCGUACAACUGUGCAUGAAACACGUUUAGUUGAUACAAAUCCACAUUUUCGUAAUUUACAUGAUUGCAUUGAUUGGUGUAAAAAUAAAAUUAAACAAUUACAAGAUGGUGAUUAUGGAUCUGAUUUACCAAGUGUUAAAAAUGAAUAUGAUAUACAUCAACGUGAACAUAAAAAUAUUGAUCAAUUUCAUAGUAAAAUUGAUAAAUGUAUUAGUGCUAAAAAUAAUUUUCAUGGUGAAGAAUUACAACUUUAUAGUCAACAUCUUACUACAUUACAAAAAAUUUAUUCUGAAUUAUUGACAAUAUCAAAUAAACGUUUAUCUGAUCUUGAUACAUUACAUGAUUUUAUUCAAUCAGCAACUGGAGAACUUGUUUGGCUCAAUACUAAAGAAGAUACUGAAGUAACACGUGAUUGGAGUGACAAGAAUCUUAAUGUUCAAAGUAUUGAGCAGUACUAUGAGACACUCAUGAGUGAUUUGGAAAAACGUGAGUUUCAAUUCUCAGCAGUACAAGAACGUGGUGGUGCAUUGGUACUUCAACAUCAUCCUGGUGCAAAAACAAUUGAAGCAUAUAUGUCAGCAAUGCAAAGUCAAUGGGCAUGGUUAUUACAAUUAACACUUUGUCUUGAAGUACAUUUACGUCAUGCAACUGAAAGUCAACAAUUUUUCAAAGAAAUACAACAAUCAGAACAAUGGAUAAUAAAACGUGAUGAAAUAUUAAAUACAAUAUAUUCACAAUCAGAUUUUUCACUUGAUGAGGGUGAACGUUUAUUGAAAGGUAUGCAAGAAUUACGUGAAGAAUUUAAUAGUUAUAGUGAUAAUGUACAACGUCUUGUUGAACAAUCAAAAUUAAUUGUACCAAUGAAACAAAGAAGACAACCAGUUACAAGACCAUUACAAGUAACAUGUAUAUGUGAAUAUAAACAAGUUAAUAUAUCAAUUGAAAAAAAUGAACAAUGUACACUAUAUGAUAAUUCUGGACGUGUUAAAUGGCGUGUUAAAAAUUCACAAGGUAUUGAAUCACCAGUACCUGGUGUUUGUUUUUCAUUACAACCACCAGAUAAAGAUGCAAUUGACAGUUGUGAAAGAUUACGUCGUCAAUAUGAUCGUUCAAUUGGUCUUUGGCAACGUAAACAAUUACGUUUACGUCAAAAUAUGAUAUUUGCAACAAUUAAAGUUGUUAAAGGUUGGGAUUUACCACAAUUUUUAGCAAUGGGACAAGAUCAACGUACAGCAAUUAGAAAAGCAUUAAAUGAAGAUGCUAAAAAAUUAUUAUCUGAAGGUGAUCCAGCAGAUCCACAAUUACGUAGAUUAAAACGUGAAAUUGAUGAUGUUAAUCGUUUAUUUGAUGAUUUUGAAAAACGUGCACGUGCCGAAGAAGAAUCUAAAAAUGCUGGACGUAUAUUUAAUGAUCAAGUAUCAGCAUUACAACAAUCACUUGAUGAAGCUGAAAGAAUAUUAAAUGUACGUAUUGCAUCACCAUUACCAAGAGAUCUUGAUAGUCUUGAACAUUUAGUACUUGAACAUAAAGAUUUUGAAGAUAAAUUAAAAGAACUUGUUAGUGAUUAUGAACAAGUACAAUCAAUAUUCCGUAGUAUAACAUUAAAAACACCAGCAAUGAGAAAUAAACUUGAUAAUGUUAUGAGUAAAUGGAAUCAUAUAUGGAAUCUCAGUAGUUUAUAUAUUGAAAGAUUAAAAUGUAUUGAAAUUGUAUUAUCUGGUCUUGAAGAAAAUACAUCAGCAAUAUCAGAAUUUGAAAUUAAACUUGCAUCAUAUACAGAAUUACCAGCAGAUGUUAAAAGUUUACAAAUUAUAUUAGAAGAUUUAAUGAUAUUACAAAAUGCUAUUGGACAACAACAAGUAUCAAUUGAUCAAUUAAAUGAUGAUGCACAUAAUGCUAGAAAAUUAGUUGAAAAAUCAAGACCACAACAUCGUGGUCCACAUGGUGAUAUGGAUCGUCUUGAUGCUGAAGUUAAUCGUUUAAAUGCAAGAUGGACAAAUAUAUGUGGACAAUUAGCUGAUCGUUUGAGAAGUGCUGAAACAGCAUAUACAUUAUCACAAAAAUAUCAUAAUUCAUAUCAGUGUGAAGUUGAUUUCGUUGAUGAAAGUUUUAAUAAACUUGAAACUGUAUCACCAGUACAAAAUAUGACACUUGAAUUAGAAGCAACAAAGAACCUGUUGAAUCGUGUUUGUGAUCGUGUACCAGCAAUGGAAGCCGUGAAUGUCACUGGUGGCAGACUUAUUCGUGAGGGCAAGAUAUACGAGCAGAGACUGAGGGCAUUCAAGGAACAACUUGAAGAGAUUUGUCCAUCAUUGGAUGCAUCAAUUAAACGUCAACGUAGAGAAUCAAUAACAACUGUUGACAACGUUGCCCAUGAUCUUGAUAAUCUCAACAAGAAAUAUUCAACACUAGUCAAUCUAUGUCGUGAACGUGUACAACAAUAUCCAGAUGAUUUAGAACUCCAACGUGCUCUACAAGAGCAACGACCACUUCGUACAUUUCGUACCGAGUUUAACAUCUAUGAAAGUACAACCAACGAAGAACGAUACAGCUCAACAACUACUCACUACACCCAAUCGCAGUACUCAUCGGAACAUCAUGAAUCAACAAAAUCAAGUGAAUAUCAACAAGUUGUAUCAUCACGUGAAUCAUCACCUCUUAAACGUCCCCAUGAAAAUAAUCAUAAUGAUUUAAUACAAUCAAUAAAUGGUGAUAAUAAUGGAAUAACAAUAACAGAUGGUAUUAAUAAUUAUCAACAAAAAAAUUCAAUAACAUCAUCAUCAACAACAACAAAAAGUAGUGUACAAUUUAGUGAAAUUAAAAGUCUAAAACGUACACAUUGUUCUGAUAAUAUUAAUACAAAUAAUAUUAUUGAAUCACGUGGUAUUGUACAUCCAAUAAGUGGUAAAAUAUUAACUGUUGGUGAAGCAAUUAGUUUACGUAUACUUGAUGUUAGAAAUGGUAAAAUAAUAACAUCAAUUGAUGGUAAAAAUACAGUUAGUAUUGAAGAAGCAAUUAAAUUAAAAUUAAUUGAUACUGAACUUGCAAAUAAUUUACUUGGUCCAUGUGGUGUUAUUGAAAAUGGUAGACGUUUAUCACUUAUUGAAGCAAUACAACGUGAAUUAUAUGAUGCUGAACGUGGUGAUGAUCGUGUUAAGCAAGCAGUUCAAGAAAAAUACAAGCUGUGUGACGAAUCUCUAACCAAGUUACUUCAAUGGAUAUCUGGUGUUGAGGAUAAUCUUGCUGCUCAAGAUGUUGUUCAAGAAGAUAUUGAAGAUCUUAGAAAUCAAAUAAAUGUUAUGAAACAAAUUAAAGAAGAUAUUGAAUCACAUAAUCGUCCAGUGUCAUCGUGUUUAGAUCAAGUACGUCAAGUUGUUAUAACAGGAAGUGAUGUAUUGUCAAGUGAUGAAGUUUCAAGCUUAGAAAAAAAUAGUAGAUCAUUAAAAAAUCGUUAUGAUCGUGCAUCUGAUCGUACUGAUCGUCUUUUAAAACGUCUUGGUGGUGCACGUGAUGAAUUAUCGAAAUUUAAAAAUGAAAUAAUAUCAUUUUCAAAUUGGCUUGAUAAAUCAAGAAGAAUUCUUGAAGAAAAAGAACGUUCAUUAUCUGAUUUAAAUAAAUUAAAUUCAAGUACAGAUACAACUCGUGAUUUUAUAAGUGAUGUUAUUGCUCAUCAAGCUGAUUUACGUUUUAUAACAAUGGCAGCACAAAAAUUUGUCGAUGAAAGUCGUGAAUAUUUACAGGUAUUAAAUGAUUUCCGUACAACUUUACCAGCACGUUUACCACAUAAAGAACCAACAGCAAGUCAAGAUUCACCAGUUAGAAAUGAAGUGACAAUUGUCACAGCACAAUAUAAAGAUUUAUUAUCACGUGCAACUAAUUUAUCAGAUAGAUUAUCAGGUGUUGGUGGUAGACAACGGGAUUACAAUGAUUCUUUGGAAAAAGCACGUUUAUGGCUUAAAGAAGUUGAACCAAGAGUACAUAGAAUUAUUGCUGAGCCAAUUGCUGCUGAGCCAAAACUUGUUGAAGAACAAUUGAGUAAAGCAAAAUCAUUGAAUAAUGAAUUUUUAGCAAAUGCACGUCUUAUUGAUAAUGCUAAAUCAAGUGUUGAAGCAUUAUUAAGAUCAUUAGAUGGACAAUUAACACCAAAUGAAACAAAUCAACUUGAAGAACCAGUUAAAGAACUUGAAGAUAAAUAUCGUCAGUUAUUAAUUGCACUUGCUGAAAAAUGUCAAGAACUUGAUACAGCAUUAGUACAAAGUCAAGGUGUUCAAGAUGCAUUGGAUGGUUUAAUAACAUGGUUAAAUAAUGUUGAAAGUCAAUUUAAAAAUAUGCAACGACCAGCAAGUCUUCAUAAAGAUCGUCUUGAAGAACAACAAAGAGAACAACGUAUGUUACAAUCAGAUUUAGAUAGUCAUAGACCAAGUCUUGAAACAAUAACAACAAGUGCACAAGAUCUUUUAAUAAAUUCAAGUAAUGCAAGAGUUGCUAAACGUAUUGAAAGUAAAUUAAAAGAUGUCAAAAGUAGAUAUGAAAAAUUAAUGGAUAAAUCAUUACGUCGUGGUGAAUUUUUAGAUGAAAUAUUACAAUUACUACAUGAAUUUAUCAUUGAAACAUCUAAAUUUGAUAAUUGGUAUUCACAUAUUAUGGAAUUAUUAGAUUCACGUGAAUUAAAUAAAUUAAAUGCAUCUGAAUAUGAAACAAAAAUGUCACAAUUAAUUGAUAAACGUGAAGAUCAAACUGGUAAUUAUGAAGAUCUUAUACGUAAUGGUAAAAAUUUAGUUGGUAAAAAAGAUAUAACAGAUGCUGGUCCAAUUAGAGAUAAAAUAAAAGCCAUUGAAACACAAUGGAGAGAUUUAAAUAAUCUUUUAGAUGAAAAACAAAGAUUAAGUAAAUCACGUGCUGAACAAUUAAUUGCAUAUGAAAAAUUACGUGAUCAAGUAUUAGAUUGGUUAAAUCGUACAGAAAAUCGUGUAUUAAGAUUACAACCAGUUGCCAUUGAUCUUGAUAAAUUAAAAAUACAAGCUGAUGAGUUAAAACCAAUUCAAAAAGAAUAUCGUGAUUAUGGUAAUACCAUUGAUAAAGUUAAUGAUUUGGGAAUUGUUUAUGAUAGUUUAAUGAAAGAACGUGGAGAAAGUCCACCAAGACGUCGUGGAAGUACCAGUCCAACAAAAAGAAAUAACAUAACUAGUCCACUCCGCCGAAUGUCACAAGACGGUCGUUCACCUUCCCCAACUAAGUCGUACGCUGUUCAAAGUCCGGUAUCUCCAGGUGGUAGCAGUGGAUUCAGUAGCCGUAGAUCAAGCCAGGAUGGUUUUCAUCUUGAGGAAUUAUCACCUGUACAACAACAAUUAUCAGAAAUAAAUAAUCGAUAUGGUUUACUAGGUGUUCGUAUUACUGAUCGUCAAACAGAACUUGAUAUUGUCAAAGAAGAAGUGAGAAAAUUACAAGAAAAUCUAAAAACACUAUCACAAUUUUUAGACAAGAUUGAACGACAAUUGCCAAAAGAUGCUAUUCCAGCAACAAAAGAAGAAGCAGAUAAAACUGUUAAAUUAAUAAAAAUAAUUGUUGAAGAAAUGUAUGAAAAACAAUCACUUCUUGACAGUACAAAAACUCAAGUACGUGAUAUUGUUAAACGUAAAAAAGAUGCUGAUGGUGCUGAUAGACUUGGUGAUGAACUUGAGGAUGUUGCAUCAAGAUGGAAAUCAAUAUCUGAUAAAUGUAAAGAUCGUGUUAAAUUUUUAGAAGAUAUUAAAGAAUUUCAUGAUGGUUAUGAAAGUAUUAAUUCUUGGCUUGGUGCAAAAGAAAGAAUGUUGGGUGCACUUGGUCCAAUUUCAUCUGAUCCAAGAAUGGUUGCAAGUCAAGUACAACAAGUACAAGUAUUACGUGAAGAAUUUAGAACUCAAAAACCACAACUUGAUCAUUUAGUACAAGUUGGCGAUAGUGUACUUGUUCGUUUACCAGCUGAUUCAAUUGAUGGACAAAAAAUAAAAACAAAAUUAAAUAAUAUAUUACAAAGAUGGUCUGAUCAAGUAUCACGUCUUGAUGAACGUGCACAAAGUCUUGGUGAUGCAGUUGAUACUAGUCGUGAAUUUGAUGCAAGUCUUAAUCGUUUACGUGAUGCAUUACAAGGAAUAUCAGAUAAUUUGGAUGAUUUACCACUUGAUAAAGAUCCAGAAGAACAACUCCGUAAAAUUGAAAAUCUUGAACGUCAAUUAGAAGGACAAAGACCACUAUUAGCUGAUGCUGAAGCAGCUGGUGCUCAAUUAUGUGAUGUAUUGAGUGAUGCUGCAUCAAGAUCUGAAAUACAGGGUAAACUUUCAGCAGUUGGAAAAUUAUAUAAUAAUUUACAAAAAAAAUUAGAUCAUCGAAAAGCUGAAAUUGAAGGAAGUUUACGUGAUGGACGACAAUUUGAAGCAUCAUGUAGUAAAACACUUGGUUGGCUUUCUGAUGAACUUGGUAAUAUGUCAGAAAAAUUAUUAGUAUCAGCUGAUAGAGAAAUUCUACAACAACAGCUUGAUCAUCAUGAGCCAAUUUAUCGUAAUGUAAUGAGUAAAGAACAUGAAGUUAUAAUGCUUUUAAAUAAAGGUAGAGAUAUAUUAUCACGUUCACAAAAAACUGAAAAUCGUGGAUUACAACGUGAUUUAGAUAAAAUGCAAUCACAAUGGGAUCGUUUAAAGAAAGAUACACUUGAUAGACAUACUAAAUUACAAACUUGUGCUGAACAUUGUAAAAAAUAUUAUCGUGCACAAGAUUUAUUUUUACCAUGGUUACGUCAAGCUGAGGAUAAACUUGAAAGUUUAAAACCAGCAUCAUUUAAACGUAAAGAUAUUGAAAAACAAUUAAAAGAAUUAUCAUCAUUCAGAAAUGAAGUAUGGAAAAGAUCUGGUGAAUUUGAAAAUAAUAAAUCACUUGGUGAAACAUUCCUCAGCGCAUGUGACAUUGAUAAAGAAGUUGUUAAAAAUGAAUUAAGUGCAAUGAAAACAAGAUGGGAUAAAUUAAAUAAUGAUUUAUUAGCACGUACUCAAUCACUUGAGGAUACUGCACGUCAUCUUUCUGAUUUUAAUGAAAAUUUAAGAGAUUUACAGCAUGGUUUACAAAGAUGUGAAGAUAAACUUGCUUCACAUGAUGCUCUUGGAGGUGCAUCAAAAGAUCCAAAACUUCUUGAUAGAAUUAAAAAUUUAAGAGAAGAAACUUUAUCAUUGAAAAAACCAUUACAAUCAGUUAAACAACAAGCAAAUGAUCUUGUUAAUAAUGCACGUGAACAAGGUGCUGAUGCAACUCAUCUUCAAGAUGAAAUUGAAAAUUUAACUGAUCGUAUAAAUGAUUUAGUUGGUAAACUUGAUGAUCGUUGUAAUAAUUUACAAAGUGCAGCAACAGCAGUUGCACAAUUUAAUGAUCAUAUUAAAACACUUAUUUAUGAUCUUUCAACACUUGAAAAUGAACUUGAUGCUAUGAAAGCACCUGGACGUGAUAUUAAAACAGUACGUUCACAAAUUGAAGAAUGUACAAAGCUAAUAAAUAAAAUAAAUCGUGCAUGUGAUGAAGUAACUGAUCUUGUUAAUUCAUGUGAAAAUUUAGUUGACAGUGGUUUUGCUGCUGAUGCUGUUGCAACACGUGAUCAAGUUGAUGGUUUAAAACGACAAUUAGGUAAACUUGAUGAACGUUCACGUAAUCGUGAAGAUGAACUUUCAAUUGCACUUAAUAAAUUACAAGAAUUUUAUCAUAUGCAUGCUGAUAUUCUUGAUGAUAUUACUGAUGUUAAUGAACAAGUACGUAAAUUUAAAGCAGUUGGAUCAGAAGUUGAUUCAAUAAAAGCACAACAAGAAGAUUUUAGAUCAUUAAAAGCCAGUAGAAUUGAGCCAAUAUCACAUGCUGUUGAUGAUUGUAAUAUUCUUGGUCAGGGACUUGUACAAAGUGCUGGUAGAGAUGUUAAUACAAGUGGAAUUGAAAAAGAUCUUGACAAAAUGAAUGAAAAAUGGAAUGAUUUAAAAGAUCGUUUGAAUGAACGUUUACGUCGUCUUGAUUAUGGUUUAUUACAAUCAGGCAAAUUUCAAGAAGCACUUGAUGGUCUUGAAAAAUGGCUAUCAGAUACUGAAGAAAUGGUUGCUAAUCAAAAAUCACCAUCAUCUGAUUAUAAAGUUGUUAAAGCACAAUUACAAGAACAAAAAUUUUUAAAGAAAAUGUUAUCAGAUCGUCAAAAUUCAAUGUCAUCAUUAUAUACAAUGGGACAAGAAGUUGCUGCUGGUGCUGAUCCAAAAGAACGUAAAGGUAUUGAAAAACAAUUAAAAGAUUUAAUUGAUAGAUUUGAAUGUUUAACUGAAGGUGCUGCUGAACGUAUGGAUGCACUUGAACAAGCAAUGACAGUUGCUAAAGAAUUUCAAGAAAAAUUAAUGCCAUUAGCAAGCUGGCUUGAUAAAACAGAAAAAAAAGUUAAAGAUAUGGAACUUGUACCAACAGAUGAAGAAAAAAUUCAACAACGUGUUACUGAACAUGAUGAACUUCAUGAGGAUAUAUUAUCAAAAAAACCAUAUUUCAGUGAACUUACUGAUGUUGCUAGUAAAUUAAUGAGUUUAGUUGGUGAAGAUGAAGCUUUAUUAUUAGCAGAUAAACUUCAAGAUGUUGCUGAUCGUUAUGGUUCACUUGUUGAACGUUCAGAAUUACUUGGUAAUUUAUUACAAAGAUCAAGACAAGGUUUACGUCAUCUUGUUUUAACAUAUCAAGAUCUUCAAGCAUGGAUGGAAAAUAUGGAAAAACGUUUAUCAAAAUAUCGUAUACUUGCUGUACAUACAGAAAAAUUACUUCAACAAAUGGAAGAUCUUGCUGAUUUAACAGAAGAAGUAUCAUCACGUCAAACAGAAAUUGAUAGUACAACUGAUUCAGGUUUAGAAUUAAUGAAACAUAUAUCAAGUGAUGAAGCAUUACAAUUAAAAGAUAAACUUGAUUCAUUACAACGUAGAUUUAAUGAUCUUGUAACACGUGGUUCAGAUUUAUUAAAACAUGCACAAGAAGCAUUACCACUUGUUCAACAAUUUCAUGACAAUCAUAAUAGAUUAAUGGAUUGGAUGCAAGGUGCUGAAAGUGCAUUACAAUCAGCUGAACCACGUGAAGAAGAAAUAAUACGUUUAGAAAUGGAAAUAUCAGAAUAUCGUCCAAUUCUUGAUAAAAUAAAUACUGUUGGACCACAAUUAUGUCAAAUAUCACCUGGUGAAGGUUCAUCAACAAUUGAAGGUCUUGUAACACGUGAUAAUCGUCGUUUUGAUGCAAUUGCUGAACAAAUACAACGUAAAGCUGAAAGAAUACAAUUAAGUAAACAAAGAUCACUUGAAGUUAUUGGUGAUAUUGAUGAUUUAUUAGAUUGGUUUAGAGAAGUUGAUAAUCAAUUACGUGAAGCUGAACCACCAAGUAGUGAACCAGAAAUAAUACGUGUACAACUUAAAGAACAUAAAGCAUUAAAUGAUGAUAUAUCAAGUCAAAAAGGUCGUGUACGUGAUGUUAUAUCAACAGCUAAAAAAGUUAUACGUGAAAAUACACAACAUGAAGAUACAGCAACAAUAAGAGAUAAAAUGGAAGAUUUACGUGAAACAAUGGAAAUUGUAUCUACAUUAUCAUCAGAUAGAUUAGGUGCAUUAGAACAAGCACUACCAUUGGCUGAACAUCUUCGUGAACUUGAAGAGAAGUUUUUAUCUUGUCGUCUGUGUUGUGUUGUUGUUGUCGGGUUGUUUCUCGUUCCGCGUCUUCUCGGUGCUGAAUUACGUGCACGUCAACAAACACUUGAACAAGCAUUACAAGAAUCAUCACAAUUUUCUGAUAAAUUAGAGGGUAUGUUACGUGCAUUAUCAUCAACUGCUGAUCAAGUUAAUAGCUCAGAACCAAUAUCAGCACAUCCACCACGUUUACGUGAUCAAAUGGAAGAAAAUGCAGCACUUGCUGAUGAUCUUGCACAACGUAAUGAAGCAUAUGCUGCUGUUAAAAAAGCUGCUGAUGAUGUUAUUAAUAAAGCUGGUAAUCGUCAAGAUCCAGCAGUUAAAGAUAUUAAACGUAAAUUAGAAAAACUUAAUAAAUUAUGGGCUGAUGUACAAAAAGCAACAACUGAUCGUAGCAAUACAUUGGAUGAUACAUUAUCAGUUGCUGAAAAAUUCUGGUCAGAAUUAAAUGGUGUUAUGUCAACAUUAAGAGAAUUACAAGAUGCACUUGCAGGACAAGCACCACCAGCUGUUCAACCAACAGCAAUACAACAACAACAAGUUGCAUUACAAGAAAUACGUCAAGAAAUUGAUCAAACAAAACCAGAUGUUGAACAAGUACGUGCUUCUGGACAUGAACUUAUGGGACUUUGUGGUGAACCAGAUAAACCAGAAGUACGUAAACAUAUUGAAGAUCUUGAUCAAGCAUGGGACAAUAUAACUGCUUUAUAUGCAAGACGUGAAGAAAAUUUAAUUGAUGCAAUGGAAAAAGCUAUGGACUUCCAUGAUACAUUACAAAAACUUAUUGAAUUCCUCAAAGAAGCUGAAGAUAAAUUUUCAACAAUGGGACCACUUGGUAGUGAUAUUGCUGAAGUGAAAAAACAAAUUCGUGAUCUUGCUGAUUUUAAAGCUGAAGUUGAUCCUUACAUGGUUCAAGUUGAAGCAUUAAACAGACAAGCUGCAGAAUUAACAGAAAGAACAUCAUCUGAACAAGCAUCAGCAAUAAAAGAGCCACUUAGUGCAGUAAACCGUCGUUGGGAUGGACUUCUUCGUGGUGUUGUUGAACGUCAACGCCUUCUUGAAAAUGCACUUCUUCGUCUUGGACAAUUUCAGCAUGCUCUUGAUGAAUUACUUGUAUGGAUUAAUAAUACAGAUAGAACACUUGAUGAGCUUAAACCAGUUGCUGGUAAUCCACAACUCAUUGAAAUUGAAUUGGCAAAACUAAAAGUAACUGUAAAUGAUAUUCAAGCACAUCAAACAAGUGUUGAUACAUUGAAUGAUGCAGGAAGACAAUUAAUUGAAGAUGGUAAAGGUACUGCUGAGGCUUCAACAACAGCUGAUAAACUUGGUACAUUAAAUCAUCGUUGGCGUGAUUUAUUACAAAGAGCUGCUGAUCGUCAACGUGAACUUGAAGAUGCAUUACGUGAAGCACAAUCAUUUACUGCUGAAAUACAAGAUUUAUUAUCAUGGCUUGCUGAUGUAGAUAAUAUGAUUGUUGCAUCAAGACCAGUUGGUGGUUUACCAGAAACAGCAUCAGAACAAUUAGAAAGAUUUAUGGAAAUUUAUAAUGAAGUUGAAAUGAAUCGUCCAAAAGUUGAAACUGUAUUACAACAAGGACAAGAAUAUUUAAAACGUGCAAAUGCAACAACUGGUAAUACAUUGGCACAUAAUCUUAAAACAUUAAAACAAAGAUGGGACAGUGUUAUUGCACGUGCAAGUGAUAAAAAAAUUAAAUUAGAAAUUGCAUUGAGAGAAGCAACUGAAUUUCAUGAUGCAUUACAAGCAUUUGUUAAUUGGUUAACAAAUGCUGAAAAAACAUUAUCAAAUUUAAAACCAGUAUCACGUGUUAUGGAAACAAUACUUGGACAAAUUGAAGAACAUAAAAUAUUCCAAAAAGAUGUUAGUGUACAUCGUGAAACAAAUUUAAAUCUCGAUAAAAAAGGAACACAGUUAAAAUAUUUUUCACAAAAACAAGAUGUUAUACUUAUUAAAAAUUUAUUAGUAAGUGUACAACAUAGAUGGGAAAGAGUUGUAUCAAAAUCAGCUGAUCGUACAAGAGCACUUGAUCAUGGCUAUAAAGAAGCACGUGAAUUCCAUGAUUCAUGGUCAGUACUUAUGAAUUGGUUAGAUGAAACUGAAAAAACACUUGAUGAUAUGUCAGCUGAGGGUGUUGGUGGUAAUGAUCCAGAAAAAAUUAAAUCACGUUUACAUAAACAUCGUGAAAUACAAAAAUCACUUGGUGUUAAACAAAGUACAUAUGAUAAUACAAUGAAAUCUGGUAAAAUACUUAAAGAUAAAGCACCAAAAACAGAUGAACCAGCAUUAAAAGAAUUAUUAAGUGAAUUAAAAAAUAAAUGGACAUCUGUUUGUAGUAAAAGUGUUGAUAGACAAAGAAAACUUGAAGAAGCAUUAUUAUUUUCUGGACAAUUUAAAGAUGCAAUACAAGCAUUAUUAGAUUGGUUACAAAAAACUGAAAAACAUUUAUCAAAUACUGGACCAUUACAUGGUGAUCUUGAUACUGUUAUGAAUCUUGUUGAUCAACAUAAAACAUUUGAAAAAGAUUUAGAUUCACGUGCAACACAAAUGGAAUCAGUAACACGUACUGGUCGUGAACUUGAAUCAAAAGCAACAAUUGAAGAUGCAUCAACAAUACGUUCACAAUUAUCAGAAGUUAAUACGUUAUGGAAUACUGUUAAUCAUUUAUCAUCAAAUAAAUCAAUACGUCUUGAUGAAGCAUUAAAAGAUGCUGAACGUCUUCAUAAAUCUGUUCAUGUACUUCUUGAAUGGCUCAGCGAUGCUGAAAUGAAACUCAGAUUUGCUGGACAAUUACCAGAAGAUGAACAAGAAAGUAGAAAUCAAUUAAUUGAACAUGAAAAAUUCUUACGUGAAUUAAAACAAAAAGAAAUUGAAAAAGAUCGUACAUUAGAACUUGCACAUGUUAUUCUUGGUAAAGCACAUCCAGAUGGUGCUGCUGUUAUUAAACAUUGGAUAACAAUUAUACAAUCAAGAUGGGAUGAAGUUGCAACAUGGGCACAUCAACGAAAUCAAAGAUUAGAAAGUCAUAUGCAGGGACUUCAAGAUCUUGAUAAUUUAUUAGAAGAACUUUUAGCUUGGCUUGAAGGUUUAACUAAUACUUUGAUAACUCUUGAAUCUGAAUCAUUACCAGAUGAUAGACCAACAUUGGAAAUAUUAAUUGCUGAUCAUCGAGAAUUUAUGGAAAAUACUAGUCGACGACAAGUUGAGGUAGACAGUGUUUGUAAAGCAAGACAAAUUAAACCAAUUAAAGACACCAGAAAAAUGUCAAGAUCAAAACCAAGUCUCAAUCAAGUUAAGGAUGGUCUCUAUCAAGACAGUGAUCAUGAUGAACAACCUCUUCGCAAACAAAGCUUCAAGGGCAGUCGAGAUCUUCUACAAUCCCGACGUGGAAGCCGAGCCAGUCCAGGUCGUGAGAGAACACCAGAUCCAUCAAUGCCACAUAUUGGUCCUCGUUUCCCACCCAAAGGAAGCAGUAAGGGAGUCGAACCAGAAUUCCGUAAUCCACGUGUUAAAUUAUUAUGGGAUCGUUGGCGCAAUGUUUGGAUGAUGGCAUGGGAACGUCAACGUCGUCUUCAAGAUAAAUUAAAUUACAUUGAUGAACUUGAUCGUGUAAAGAACUUUAGCUGGGAAGAAUGGCGUAAACGUUUCCUCAAAUUUAUGAAUCAUAAAAAAUCAAGAUUAACUGAUUUGUUUAGAAAAAUGGAUAAAAAUAAUGAUGGUUUGAUACCAAGAGAAGAUUUUAUUCAAGGAAUUAUGAAUACUAAAUUUGAUACAUCAAGACUUGAAAUGAAUGCUGUUGCUGAUUUAUUCGAUCGUCAUGGUGAAGGUCUUAUUGAUUGGAAAGAAUUUAUCGCUGCACUUAGACCUGAUUGGGAAGAACGUAAAACAUAUCAUGAUACUGAUAAAAUUCAUGAUGAAGUUAAACGACUUGUUAUGCUUUGUACUUGUCGACAAAAAUUCCGUGUAUUCCAAGUUGGUGAAGGAAAAUACAGGUUCGGUGAUAGUCAAAAAUUACGACUUGUUCGUAUACUCAGAUCAACAGUGAUGGUUCGUGUUGGAGGUGGCUGGGUUGCACUUGAUGAAUUCCUUGUUAAAAAUGAUCCUUGUCGCGCCAAGGGAAGAACGAAUAUCGAGCUGCGAGAACAAUUCAUAUUGGCAGAUGGUGUCAGCCAAACAAUGACAGCAUUCAGAUCAAAACCAAGUCCAAAUUCGACACUUCAACGCUCACAGUUGUCUUCUACUGGUCCAAUUAUGAAGGUACGUGAAAAAAGUAUAAGAAGUCAACCAAUGACACAUACACAUACACGAGCAUCAAGAUCAUCAUUGAGUGUUGGAACACCUGAUAGCCUCAGUGAUAAUGAAAGUUCAUUCAGAUUAUCAACAAGAAAAACUAGCACACCAUAUAGAAGCGGCAUGACUCCAGGUGGUAGUCGUCCAUCAAGUAGACCAGCAUCAAGACCAGCUUCACGACCAGCAAGUAGACCAACCAGUAGACCGGCAUCGAGACAAGGUAGUAAGCCACCAAGCCGAUAUGGAUCAACUCAAUCAUUAGACAGUACAGAUGAAUCAGGCACUCCAAGUCGAAUUCCACGACGAACUGUGGGAACUACUGGUAAUACACCAACAUCGAGUCGACAUAAUAGUGUUUCCGGUCGAAAAAUAGGAACACCAGUUAAUGGCUCAUCAACAUCACGACCUCGAACACCAACUGGUCUUAUCAGUCCUGCUGGUGGGGCUCCAACAAGGAUUGGUAUGAUGUUUAGAACAUCGAGCAUUCCUACUCUGUCAGGUGUCGGGACACCAAAUAGUCGUUCCCGGAUACCUGUUUAUGUUGGACUGGACAUUAAAUCCCCUCAAUCAACAACAAGUAAUUUUUCAACUCAUUCCACACAAAGUAACCACUCAACAAUUUCAACUGAUUCCACUGGGGGCAGCUCGGUUUGUACCAGUUCAGCAACUAACACCAUACCACCUACAAAUCAUGCUAGAACAAGAACACCGUCCAGUGGUUCAGCAACACCACUACCAUCAGGCACAAAAUUAACGAGAAAACCAUCAGGAGCUUCUGACACAUCAGUUGCAAAUUCAUCAUUCUCAGCAAGAAAAGGAAAACCAACUCCAAUUGAACACAGAGCGCCUUUUAGACUUUAAUUUGAGUCAUAAAUCUCCAAUAAAACUAACUUAGAUAAAAAUUAAAAAAAUUAAUUAAAUUAAAAACCUAAAAUAACUAAUUCAAAGACUAUUAAAACAUGUAAAAAUAAAAAAGAAAAAAUCUUUUCAAUGUUGAAAAGAAUUUUCUAUAAUUUAUAGAAAAAUAAAAAAAAAAAGAAUAACAAUUAAAAAAAUGCUGAUAUAACAUAAGAGAUAAUUUAUGUUACAAUUAUAUUAUCAGAAUAAAUCAGUCAUACUUAAGUCAAUUUUUUUUUUCUUAUAAUUUAAUUAAUAUUAGAAAUAAAAUAAUCCUAAUAAGGUUAAAUGUUACUGCGUAGCAUUGCUUUAUAUAAGUAUUUCUAAAAAAAUCAAAAAAUAUGAAAAAAAAAAAAACAAACUAAAUAAAUAAAUUGUUUUUUAACAAUUAAUAAAGGUCGAAUAUUAAGAGACGUGUUCAUAAAAAUAAUAAAUAAAUAAUUUAACAAUUAAUAACAAAUGCUUGGACAUAAGAAGUUUUAUUAAAAUAUGCAAUUGAAUUUUGCAUAUAUAAAAUUUGGAUGCCAUUUAAUUAGUUCAUAAUAAAAAAUAAAAAAACUCUUAACAAUAAAAAAUGAAACAAAAAAAACGAUAGGAAAUCUAUAAAUACGAUUAAUAAAUAAGUGAGAAAACGACUCACUUGAAGCUCGAUUGAAGUAUAAUCUAGUUAAAAAGAAAAAUAUAUAAAAAUAAUUAAAAAAUGUUAUUUAUCUGUCAAUUCAAAAAGUACUACCGGUUCGGGGUAAAAAAUAAUAUAACAUCAAUUAUUUGAAUUCGGGUAGUCACUCAAUGUUUUGAUAGAUUCAUAUUUUUUUUUUCUAAUUUUUAUUGUUGAAUAAAACUUUAAUAUGUUAAAUAAUAAUUGACAAACAAGGAAGGAAAAAAAAAACAGAUUAAACUUAUAUAAUUUUGUCAAAAUAGGUUAUCGAUUGUUUUUUUUUUUAUAAACAAAAACUAAUGAUUAGAUGAAAUAAAACAAAAAGAAUAAUACGAUUGAUAAUCCUGAAAUUUCCAGGAGUUUAUAGUAUAUAUGAGUGUUUAUAGAUAAUAAAAAAAUAAUGUAAUAUUUUUUACUUUGAAUUAAUUAUUUCUUUGAUGUGCAACCAGCAUAUUGUAAUCCAUUUUUAUUUCCCACUUGUGUUUUUAUUUUUUCGAAAUGAAAAAGUUAUAAUGAUUGAGCAGAUGCUCAAUUUAAU